AUGAAAAAACCGAGACCGAUAUUUGGAAAAAGCCGAAAAUCUCGGUAUCGGUCUCGGCUUGUCCAACUCUACUUCAAAUAUCCGAAUAUCACUAAAAUCCAUAAUUUCAUUCAGCGAUAUAACUCAAAAUACCCCUUUAUCUGUCCAAAUUCUCUGAUAUACCAUUUAACUUCCCUUUACAGCGCCGUAAGCAAAACUUUUGGGAUUUCGGUGCCAGAUUUCUUCUUUUUUCAGCCACGCAGGCAGGAUUUCGGCAGGAAAAAGGCAGGAUUUCGGACAGGAUCCUGAAAAAUCCUGUGCGGGAUCGUGUCCUUGCCGAUCUCUAGUCUUAUCCUUUCUUUUGUUUUAUCAAAAUCAUAGCAGAAUGCCAACAAAAAAAUAUAUAAAAGUUAAUUAAUGCAGUUUGAGUCGGGGUCAUACAAAUUUUUCGGGGUUCGGGGUCGUCGGGGUCGAACUUUCGGGGGUCGGGGUUUUCGGGGUUGGGAAUGUCGGGGUCGGGGUCGG